AUGGAUGAAAAGCAAACAGCGGAAAAAAGUAGUACUACACAGUUGUCGCUUAAAGACUCCGCUGAGAAAAAGCAAAAAUACAACAAAACCCGCUCCGGGGCGAAAGCUCACGUUGUGGUCAGGGACAACGCACGACGGGGGAAGUUUGACCGGGCGGAAGUGGAGGCGGAAGUGGAGGCGGAAGUGGAGGCGGAAGUGGAGGCGGAAGUGGAGGCGGAAGUAGUGGCGGAAGUAGAUGACGCAGCACCUGGCGCACCUGUAACUCACAGCGUUUUUACUACAGAGCAACUUUAUGGAAGUAUCCUCAUUUUGGACAAUUUGUGUGACUUCCCAUCGGCCUGUGGAGAACCUGGACAACACACACACUCCCCGGGAGGACUUUUGAGUUGGACGCGCAGACGCAGUACCCCACGGCUGGAGGCUCUGACCGUGGUGUUCUCCCUGGUGGUUUUUGGCCUCUUCACCCUGGCUGGGAUGAUCAGUGAGGACAAUGAAAGCGCUGGUGAUGGAGAGAUGGAACAUCCUUUCGCCGUUUCUAUAAGCUCGCCAUCCACAAGCAGUCCAGACCUCAAGUCAAAAACAGAGCAUGCUAAAGAAGACCUUUCUCUGUCUUUGAUGGAGGCAGAAGACGGGACAAGGACUGAAAAGCAGGAGUCCCUGGAGAGGAUGGAGGCAGAAGCAGCGGCCAUGGUUUCUGUCCUCCACCGUGUUUGCUCACUGAGGGAGAAACUUGUCAUCAGUCAGAGCAAUGACGACAGAAACUGUGGAGAGGCGGAGCCGACGGUCCAACAGAGAGGCAGGGCACACUGGAUGAUGGCGGCGAGGAGGCGGGGAUGGUGAGCGAGCGCUGAGAUCUGUCCAGCACCCCCUGGACCCCGAACGGGACAAGUGGUAGAAAAUGGAUGGAUAAUACAUUUUAAAAAAUUAAAUAGUCUUUUAAUCAGUUUUAGAAAAUGAUGGAUCGCAAUUCAUAAGUGUAUACAUUUUUUGCAAACCUCUUGUACUUGCACAACAACUGUACGUGUGUGUGUGUGUGUGUGUGUGUGUGUGUGUGUGUGUGUGUGUGUGUGUGUGUGUGUGUGUGUGUGUGUGUGUCAGCAAAGAAUGUGCUGUUCUACGCUGGACUCGUCCUGCUUAAUUAGAAAACUGACUCACUACAUUUUUGUAGGAAAUAACUGCCUCUCUAUCCCCCUUCUAUUUUCACACCUGACCCAACAGCGCCACCUGUGGUCAGGCAGUGAAAAAAACAACCAGGCCGAGUUGAAU